AUGGCUAAAGGGCUUACCUUGUUUGCUCUCGCUUCUUGCCUCUUGUCACUCUCUUGUGCACAAACCUAUGAAUCGGUCAUCCCUCCUGAAGAGGCGGAAGCCCUUUCACAGAUCGUGGAGGAUGAUCCCAACGAUGUAUUCAGAAUCCAAAAGGAUGGAGAAAGUCCAGAGUAUCCUCUGAUCUAUGGUGUUCCUCUUCCCAUCCCUCCAGUCAAGCAGCCAAAAAAAAUCAUCACCAAUCCUGUGACUGGCCAGGACAUUUGGUACUACGAAGUUGAGAUAAAGCCUUUUGAGCAGCAGGUGUAUCCCAAUCUGAGCCCUGCCCGCUUGGUUGGCUAUGAUGGAAUCUCCCCAGGUCCAACUUUUGUGAUCCCAAGAGGCACAGAAUCCGUCGUUCGUUUCAUCAAUCAAGCUGAACGCGAGAACUCUGUCCAUCUCCACGGGUCUCCAUCCCGCGCCCCAUUCGAUGGCUGGGCGGAAGACGUGACAUUCCCUGGACAAUACAAGGACUAUUACUAUCCCAACUUUGAGUCGGCACGCCUACUCUGGUACCACGACCAUGCGCUGGGUAUUACUGCUGAAAAUGCAUACUUUGGCCAAGCUGGAGCUUACAUUGUCACGGAUGAAGCCGAAGACGUCCUUGGUCUGCCCUCUGGCUAUGGCGAGUUCGACAUUCCCUUGAUCCUCUCGGCCAAGUUUUACAACUCAGAUGGCACACUUCAGACGACUGUGAACGAGCGUGAGAGCACCUGGGGAGAUGUCAUCCAUGUCAACGGACAGCCCUGGCCCUUCCUCAACGUAGAGCCCAGAAAGUACAGAUUCCGAUUCCUCAACUCUGCCAUCUCUCGCAGUUUCGCCCUGUACUUUGCUACCAGUGCAAACCUGGGCGCCAGACUGCCUUUCCAAGUCAUUGCCUCUGAUGCUGGUCUCUUGGAACAUCCAGUCAGCGUUGAUGAACUGUACAUCUCGAUCGCCGAGCGCUAUGAAAUCGUUUUUGACUUUUCUUCCUUUGCCGGGCAAUCCAUUGAGAUGCGAAAUGAAGAGCAAGCUGGUGGCAUCGGAGUCGACGAUGACUACGAGAACACUGACAAGGUUAUGCGCUUUGUUGUUGGCUCUACUCGUGUCGAUGACCCUUCAACUGUCCCUGCUGUUCUUCGCGAUGUUCCCUUUCCCCCGUCCACUACCGGCAUUGACCACCACUUCCGCUUCCACCGCAGUAACGGCGAGUGGCUCAUCAACGGUGUCGGCUUCGAGGACGUUGAGAACCGUGUCCUGGCCAAGGUCCCUCGUGGUACCGUUGAGAUCUGGGAGCUCGAGAACAGCUCUGGCGGCUGGAGCCACCCGAUCCACGUGCACCUGGUCGACUUUAGAGUACUUCAGCGCACCGGCAGCGACCGUGGCGUCGAGCCGUACGAGGCCGAGGGUCUCAAGGACGUCGUGUGGCUGGGCCGCGGCGAGACGGUCCUGGUCGAGGCUCACUACCACCCCUGGAACGGCGUCUACAUGUUCCACUGCCACAACCUGAUUCACGAGGACCACGACAUGAUGGCUGCCUUCAACGUGACUCAGCUUCAAAACUUUGGCUACAACGAGACCACCGACUUUGGUGACCCCAUGGACCCCCGCUGGCGCGCCGUUGAUUACAAUGCCGCUGACCUUUCGGUUCGUGGCGGCGUCUUUACUGAUGAUGCCAUUGUGGACAAGGUCCAGCGCCUCGCCCUCGAGCAGCCCUACAGUGAGCGCAUCCAAGUCGAAGAGGCCCUUACCGAGUACUGGACCGCCAACGGUGCUGGUAACCCCAACAGCCCCGUCAAGCGUGACGCUGGUGUCCCCAUUCCUCGAUACCGCCGAACGCAGCACCACCAUUCGCCGGCCGUACCUGUUGUCGCUGCCGCCUAA